UCAAACUACGCCGCCAUCGCAUUUGAGGUAUGAUGUCGCGUGUUUGACGUCACUUUAGUAUUGGGCAACAUGAAAGUCACGCUGCUUCCCGUUUACGUCACACUAUCGUCCGCCUCGGCCUCGUGACUCGUGAGCACGAAUCGAUGACAUGCCAGCAAACUGAAAGCGGUACUUGAGGAGUUCAGAUGGGCAGGAAAUGACGACUCUGGCGAUAAUUAUGUAGUUAAGUCUCUGAUCUACAACCCUUUCAAAGCUAACUUGCGAUCAAGUCUUCCACUCCUCUGUGAUCUGGACCAUGGUCACUAAAUGGACUCCUCUGGCGUGUCUAUCAGCCUUGGAAAGGAACAAUGUCUUACCUAAAGAUCAGGAAUUAAAAGUUGCCCUUGUUGUGGUGAACAUGCCAUUAGGAGGAAUGGUUGACAAGUUCAUGGCGCUAUCUAACAUUGCAACUAUAAAGGCUUAUACUGAUGGGGGUGCCAGCCAAGUUUGCAGUAUAGUUGGUACAGAGCGGGAAAGGUAUCUUCCAGACUUUGUCAGUGGAGACUUUGAUUCAGUUGAUCCUGAUCUUUUGAACUUUUACAAGGAAAAGGGUGUUGAAGUCAUUCCAACCCCUGAUCAAGAUAACACAGAUUUCACCAAGUGCCUCAGAAUUAUAACAAGCAAGCAGCACAUUGAUAAGUUUGAUCAGAUAGUUGCUAUAAAUGCAUUUGGUAAGCGUCUUGACCAGACAAUGGCAAACAUCGAAACAUUGUUCCAUGUAGCAAAGGUGACCAAGAAACCAGUCUAUUUGAUGUCUGAGGACUCACUCGCUUGUCUCCUAACACCGGGAAAGCAUGUCAUUCAAGUGAACACUGGCUUAGAAGCAGACUGGUGUGGGCUCAUACCGAUUGGUGCCAAAUGUACAAAUAUUACUACAACUGGCCUCAAGUGGAAUUUAACUGAUGGGCAGUUAGAAUUUGGUACCUUGGUCAGCACUUCCAAUACCUAUGAUGGAAGUGACGUGGUAACAAUAGAUACCGACACCACAAUCUUAUGGACGAUGGGGAUUAAGUGAAUUGGAAUGGAAUGAUCAGUUGCUUUUUAUACAGAGAGAUUUCGAAUACCCUCUACAACAUGAGAUGAAACAUUUUUCUUAAGAUAAAGAAUUGGGAAGCCAUGAAGUAGAACUGAGCUCCUUGUGACUCACACUGAUGAAGAAAGUUGCAAGUCAAAUGAAUUUUCUAGCAACCACUGAUUGCUACAGCUGAAAUAGCUGAGAUUUAAAAAGUAUAAGCCUAUGCCAUUACAAGCGUUAUUCUCUACACAUCAACUGCAAAGCGCUGUGUGAUUCCCAUUUCCCGUGCAUAUUAUUUAAAAAAUAUAGAUAUCUUCUUUUACCAUACUACCUAGGGUGGAUCUAGGGAGUUCGGGGGAGGGGGGGUCAGUCAAACCCCCUUAAAUAAAAAUUGAGACAGUAUAACACCUUGACUUGGCCUCAGACUGCCGGAAAUCCCAUUUCCGAGGACCUUAAUUUUAAAAGCUUUCCAGGGGAGGAUGCCCCCGGACCCCCUAAAAGGGACUACCUUCGGCAGUCUGUAUCUCAAACCCAUUCUCUAAAAUCCUGUAUACGCCCCAGACUACUUAGAAUAAUCUUCUUCACAUAACCAUGGUAACAAUAAGAUUUUAAAACGAGGAUUUUUGUCACGCACCCUCCUGCAUAGUACUAUUUGUUAGUUAAUUUGAAGUGAAGGGUGUAGUGUAUCAGUUGUUAUACAACUUGUUUUUGUAGCCGGUAUAUCGCGUGCUAGUAUUUUAGGUAAAUAAAAAGAGGGUGGCAAAAGGUU